AUGCCGCUCACGCUCGCCCUCGCGCGCGAGCUCACGGGCGCCCACGCCCGGGACGCGGUGCUCGCGAUCACGUUCUCCCGCGACGGCGCGCACUGCGUGACGUGCGGCCGCGAUCGCGCGUUCGCGCUCUGGAGCGCGCGCACCGGGACGCUCCUGCGCGCCUACCGCGGCGGCCACGGACGAGAGGUGCGCGACGCGUCGUGCGCGCGCGACGGUGGGACGAUCGCGACGUGCGGUGGUGACCGAGGGGUGUACGUCUGGGACGUCGCGACGGGGGCGGCGAGACGGCGAUUUGAGGGACACGACGGCGACGGAGGAACGAAUGCGGUGACGUUUUGCGCGAACGAUUGCGUGGUGGUGAGCGCGGGGUACGACGCGAGCGUGCGCGUGUGGGACGUGCGGGCGAACGGUGGACGCGCGAUGCAGAUUUUGAACGCGCGCACGGGGGUGGGGUUCGAGGAUAGCGUGACGAGUCUGACGCGGGACGAGGCGUGGCCGAGAAUCGCGUGCGGGUGCGUGGACGGCGCGACGCGCGUCGUGGAUAUUCGUCGAGGCGAGCUGCACGUCGACGCGUACGGCGUCCCGGUGACGAGCGUGAGCUUUAGUCGAGAUAAUAAGUGCUUGGCGGUGGGGUGUUUGACCUCGCGCGUGUGUCUCGCGGAGUGCGCGACGGGCGACGGCUUGAACACGUACAGAGGUCACGUCGCCGAGCGCGCGAAGACGCAAUGCGCGCUCACGUCGGACGACGCCCACGUCGUAUCGGGUUCCGAGGACGGUCGCGUCGUAUUUUGGGACGUCGUCACCGCCGAGAUCGUCGCCGAGAUCGACGCGCACGACCCCUCCUCCGUCGUCUGCGGCGUCGACGUCUCGCCUCCGGGCGUCCCGCCCGCGCUCGCGACGUGCGCCACCGACGGUCGCGCCCGGCUUUGGACCAUCACCUCCGAUCGAUGA